UAUCUGAAGUAUCUGUAGAGCUUUUGUAGUGUCGCUAGUAAGUGUCAGGGAAUGUUUCGUGCGUAGAGAGGAAUUCAUAUACAAAAUUGCUAUACUUACUUGUCGGUUAGAUGUUAUCAGAACAGGCACAACAUUUGUUAUGUAGCAGAAAGCGUUUUGUGCGGUGAUGGUGCCGUGAUGGACACAGACGGACUGUCUCAGCUUGUUAGCCUGAGUGACUGUGAACCAGUUGAUUCGGUGACAGAUGACAUCUGUGAGAGGACAAAGACAAAAUCUUUGCAACCAACAGGCCUUGUCCGCUUUAAACGACUUGAAGGCUGCUAGUUCAUGUGCUGUGUAUCUCACCACAGACGGUUUAACUUGUUAGCUCACAGUUAUCAUCUCACCACAGCUUAAAGAAAGUAACUCGGUUUGUUAGCUAACAACUAACGUUAGCAUUAGCUGUGCGCACCCAAAGAUGUGCAGUCGUUUUGCAGAACAAACUAUGCACGUAUUUAGCUAGUGCGUAGCUUGUAUUAACUCAAAUUGAACUUGAUCAAGACUGGUCGCAGCCUGUUUAUCUGCUACUAUGGAGUCUGACGACGACGUGCCUCUCAUCUUAACUUGGGACGAAGCAAACAGCGAUCUGCUCAACGAGGAGACGGAGAGAGGAGAUGAAAAUGGAGGAGGCAAUUAUGACAUAGUGAACAACGCUGUGAUCUCAACACCUGGGCCACAAAACUACAGAGCCCAAAAUGUGUCCUUACGGCAAAGCUGGGAGAUGAACUACCAAGAGGCAGCCAUCUACCUGCAGGAGGGAGAGAACAAUGAUAAGUUCUUCACCCAUCCUCGAAACCCAAAGGCACUGGCAGCAUACCUGUUUGCCCACAACCACCUGUUCUACUUAAUGGAGCUGCUGACAGGGCUGCUGCUGAUGAUGCUGUCGCUGUGUGAAGCUCCAGCUGUUCCUUCCCUGCGCCUGGAUGUCUAUGUCCACGCCACCCUGGAGCUGCUGGCUUUGGUAAUGGUGGCAUUUGAGCUAUGCAUGAAACUCCGCUGGUUAGGCUUCCACACCUUCAUACGACACAAGAGGACCAUGGUGAAGACGUGUGUGUUGCUGCUCCAGUUCGUGGAGGCCAUAGUGGUUCUGGUCAGACAGACGUCUCAUGUGCGAGUGACUAGAGCGCUCAGACCAAUUUUCCUGGUGGACUGUAGAUACUGUGGUGCAGUGCGCAGAAAUUUGCGUCAGAUCUUCCAGUCCCUCCCACCUUUUAUUGAUAUCCUCCUACUGCUGCUCUUCUUCAUGGUUAUAUUUGCUAUAUUGGGUUUCUGCCUCUUCUCUCCAAACACAGCUGACCCGUACUUCAGCACUCUGGAGAACAGCCUCGUCAGUCUGUUUGUGCUGCUGACCACAGCAAAUUUCCCUGAUGUGAUGAUGCCAGCAUACUCCAAGAACCGCUGGUCCUGUGUUUUCUUCAUUGUUUACCUCUCCAUAGAGCUCUAUUUCGUCAUGAACCUGCUGUUGGCAGUGGUGUUUGAUACGUUUAAUGAUGUUGAGAAGAUGAAGUUUAAAUCUCUUUUGCUUCACAAACGCUCCGCUAUUGACCACGCCUUUCAGCUGUUAGUGAGCCGGCAGAGGCCAAUGGGUGUGUCACUGAAACAGUUUGAUGGUCUGAUGCGAUUUUAUAGACCACGGAUGUCUGCAAGAGAUCGCUUCCUUACAUAUAAAGCUCUUAAUACCUCAGGGGCUCCUAUGCUCAGUCUGCAGGACUUUUACAAAUUCUAUGAGGUCACUGGCCUUAAAUGGAAGGCUCGACGCAGUGGAGAACAUUGGUUUGAUGACCUUCCACACACGACCUUUCUCAUUUUCAAAGGCAUCAACUUGCUUGUGAAGUCAAAGGCCUUCCAGUAUACCAUGUAUGUGGUGGUGGCCAUCAAUGGUGUGUGGAUCCUCGUGGAGACGUACAGGCUGAAUAGUGGAUUUUCCUGGUCCAGAUCAGUUCCCUGGAAUUACAUUGUUUUCCUGACCAUUUAUGGCGUAGAGGUGUUAUUGAAAAUUACAGGUUUGGGGCCGAUGGCUUAUUUCAGCUCUGGGUGGAAUCUGUUUGACUUCUCCGUGACCGUGUUUGCCUUCCUGGGCCUGAUUGCUCUUGCCUUUGAUAUGGAGCCAUUUUACUUUAUUGUAGUUCUCAGACCAUUUCAGCUGCUCCGGUUGUUUAAGAUAAAGCAGAGGUAUCGUAACGUGUUGGACACCAUGUUUGAGCUCUUUCCCAGGAUGGCCAGCCUGGGGUUGACCUUAAUCAUCUUCUACUACUCCUUUGCCAUUGUGGGGAUGGAGUUCUUCGCAGGCGUAGUUUACCCCAACUGCUGCAACACCAGCACAGUGGCAGACUCCUACAGACAGAUCAAUAUCACAUAUGGCAACAAAACCGUGUUGGAAGAAGGCUACUAUUAUCUCAAUAACUUCAACAACAUUCUCAGCAGCUUUGUGACUCUGUUUGAACUGACUGUGGUCAAUAACUGGUACAUUACCAUGGAAGGAGUAACUUCCAUGACAAACCACUGGAGCCGGCUCUACUUCAUGACCUUUUACAUAGUUACCAUGGUUGUGAUGACAAUCAUUGUGGCGUUCAUUCUGGAUGCGUUCGUGUUCCGCAUGAACUACAGCCGCAAAAACCGGGAACCACUGGAGAACCCAGAGGUGUUUGUGUGUGUACAUGCUGUAGAUGAGAACGGGAUAGUGUUUGAAGUAGAGGUGAGUCGUGAUGAAGCUCUGGCCACACUGGAGCUUUACAAACAGACCUGCCCAGGACUGUCCUCCCUCAACUCUUUACAGGGAGUCCUACAAAGUAUGGACAGGGGCGGGCACUCGUCUCUGGUGUACCUAGGCCGGAGGUCUCGGACAAAGAGUGACCUCAGCAUGAAAAUGUAUGAGGAGGAGAUACAGGAGUGGUAUGCAGAGUAUUCAAGGGAAAACCUGCCUCAGCCAGACCAAGGGCUGGUGCGGGAACUGGACAGUCUCGUCUCUGACCUGUCUUCCUUCCCAGAGCCUCAGCUCAACUCACAGACUGGACCUCACAGCAUCAACUAACGCACAGUCUACAAGUAGUACACACGCACCACCAUCUCAGCAUUUCUUAAAUGCUAAGAAACCCCAUCACUCCAGGUCUUCUCCAAUUCCACCACGCUCCCUGUUUGCCACAGUGGGAAACUGGUCGGGAGGCCUUUUGGACUGAUGUGAUUGUAAGACUAAUUUAUGAUGCCUCCUUCCUGGAGCCGUCACUACAGACAGAAAAACAGAAGUACAGGUCUGUUGCUCGAGCAGGCGAAGUCUUUUCAAAGACUGAAGCAAAUACUACCAGAGAGCCUGUACUACCACAGUAUGUUGUGUACAUGUACUGCUGUAGGCCUCUUGUGACCUCUUGUAAAUCAUGUAGUACUUAAACCUGAUGCCUUAGUUCAGUGGCUCAUCUGAUCAGUAUUAACAGAGAAUAUUUCCACAAGUCCUUUAAAGACCAAAAAACAAUUACACUCCUUUUAGUUCAACCCAACAAAACAAUUAUGGUGUAUCUCCUAACUCAUGUCUCAGACUAUUUUACUUUUCUAUAACUUCUUAUUCUGUAAUGUGUUUGAGUUAGUUAAUAAGAGAUUUUAUUAAACUGUUCAAACUGUCAA